AUGGACGCCAACGGCGAAUUCGACGUCAACAGCCUGACCCAGCGCGACAAGCAGGAGCUGCAGCAGUUCAUCCAGAAUGAGACGCAGAAGAGCAAGUUGCAGCAGUCCGUCCACAACCUAACAGACAUCUGCUGGACCAAGUGCGUGACCGGCAGCAUCAAGAGCGGGAAGCUGGAUAAGAGCGAGGAGACGUGCGCGAGGAACUGCGUGGAUCGCUUUUUGGAUGCGAAUUUCUUGGUUAUUAAGCAGCUUGAGGGGAUGAGGGGAUAA